AUGGAAUCUAAAUUCGACCUGGUAGUUGUGAAUGGCAAUGUUGUUACUGCCAGUGACAUUAGUACAUGUUGUAUUGGAAUCAAAGAUGGAAAGAUUCGAGCUCUUGCAGACUCAUUCACAGGAGAUGAAUUGAAAGGCGCGGAAGUUAUAGAUGCACAAGGUGCCUAUGUAAUGCCAGGGGGUAUUGAUGCUCAUGUCCAUCUGUGUCAGGAUCUGGAAACUGGGCCCCAUGGCUUAGGUGGUGAGUGUGCCGACAAUUUUGAAACAGGGUCUCGAAGUGCAGCUGCGGGUGGUACGACGACCAUCAUUACCUUCGCGACCCAGACUCGCAAAGGAGAAGACCGCAGUUUGCUGAAGGUAGUGGAAGCUUACAACACUCGUGCUGAGGAGACGGGCAGCUACGUUGAUUAUGGCUUUCACAUCAUUAUCGUUCGGAAUGAUGCUGACAUUCUCGAGAAUGAGAUGCCAAUCUUGAUGAAUGACUGGGGCAUCAGUAGCAUCAAAUUGUUUUUGACUUACAAGACCCAGUGCCUUACUGAUUCUCAGCUACUGGAUGUCAUGUUUGCAGCUAGGAAGAAUGCGAUUACCACAAUGAUCCAUGCCGAGAAUGGUGAUAUGAUCGAAUGGUUGACAGGUAGUGUCGAAAACAAACUCGAGCAAAAAGGCAUGGUUGCCCCUUUUUACCAUGCUUUGUCGCGCCCACCAAUUGUCGAGGGAGAAGCCACAAAUCGAGCAAUCGCUUUAGCUCAGCUGAUUCAGAGCCCGAUUCUUUUCGUUCAUGUCGGAUCAGUGCUUGGGGCAGCUAAUCUCCGUCGGGCACAAACCAUGGGUUUACCAAUUUAUGCGGAAACAUGCCCCCAGUAUUUCCAUUUGACUUGGAAUGAUCUGAAACGCUUCCACUCUCCCACUUGCUUCGAGAACAGCAAAAUGAUCUGCUCGCCACCUCCGCCCCUCACUGUGUCCGACCAUGAAGAUCUCUUUGUUGGUCUCGCAAAUGGUACGUUCACGAUCUACUCCUCAGAUCAUUGCCCUUUCCGCUAUGACCAUCCCCAUGGGAAGCUAUCGGGAGUGCUUGAGCACAAGCCUAGUAUGGAAGGCGAAAUUGAACAUCAGCAUGAAGGGAAGGAAUUGCAAGGCCUCUUGCGCCGCAAACAGGGUGCAUUUCGUUUUUAUUCCCAAUGGGAUCCCUGGUGUGGAGACACGAUUGCCUUUGCUAUAUACUGGGGCACUGGCAAAGGGUCGGAUUUCACCACAGAGAUUUGUCGAUAUGGCAUGUACCCAAGGAAAGGCGCGCUGAUGCCUGGAUCCGAUGCCGACUUGGUGAUUUGGCACCCGGAUGAGACUUUCAAAUCGUUCCAUCUCACCAACUCCAUGCUCCAUCACAAUGUUGAUUACACGCCGUAUGAAGGAACUGAAUUCAGCAAUUGGCCUCGAUAUACGAUUCUACGUGGAAAGAUCAUUUGGGCGAACGGGGAAAUCGUGGGGAAAGUACGGGAUGGAAAGUAUGUGAAGCGUGGUCCUAGCCUGUUGAGUCAAGGGUCACCUCGCGCUGAUCGAGACCCACGCCGUGUGGCAUCUUGGCUAUAUGAGUAA